AUGUCUCAACGACAAGCACUCGUCCUGAUUGAUCCACUCAAUGACUUCCUCCAUCCUCAAGGAAAGCUGUAUCCGGCUCUGGAGGAAAGUCUCGAAACGACUGGCACCGUGGACAACAUACGCCAGCUGGUACAGGGUGCUCGAUCAGGCGGGAUUCCCAUCUACUACGGCCUUCACCAAUCGUACAAGGAAGGCCAUUACGAUGGAUGGCUCCAUAUGCGAGCGUCCCACGUGCGCAACAAAGAUAAACACGUCUUUGCCGGAUGGGGGGGUGAGAUCAUGUCCGGCUUCGAGCCACGGCUCGACAACGGCGACGUUGUCGUGAGCAGGCACUGGAACUCCAGCUCGUUCGCCAACACGGACCUAGACUACCAACUUCGCCAGAGAGAGAUUACGCAUUUGGUCAUGGCUGGAAUGGUGGCCAAUACGUGCCUCGAGGCCACGGCUCGUCAUGCCACGGAGUUGGGCUAUCGUGUUACACUUCUCAAGGAUAGCACGGCUGGGUUCAGCAGCGAACUCAAAGCGGCGGGUGAGUUUGUAUGGCCAAUUCUCUUUGAACAGGUCAUGACAGUCAAGGAAUGGGUUGCAACGGUCCGCCAGGGUCAGCCGGCCCAGUUGUGA